AGUGCCAUAUUGUCCAAUCAACGAGUCGCUGCGCGGAGCUCCGGGAGCAGUUUGAGUCGGGCAGGCGGACAGACAGCAACCCCAGCGCCGUGCGCGGAGCCUCGGAGCACCGCGGGAGGGAAGAGCUUCCACCGCAACGACAAAACCGAAGAGAUAAUUUUUUAUAAAACGCGUCCUCGUAGUGUUUUUUUACGCUUUCUUUUGUUUUUUUUUUCUGUCUUUUUUUCCUCUGUCGACUGGAGGAGCGAGCGACCGAGAGACAAGAGCUUCACUGCGGCUAAUCAAUUUGCGUUUCCAGACGUGGGAAUUACAAUGAAAAAUGUAGGUGACACAUUUCCCCUCACCGUCCAGGAAUCACAGAAGGAGCCCGGCGAAUAGAGGAAGGAAACAGGAGGGGAAAAUGGUGCCGCAUCUAUAGGAUCCUCUCUGUGGAGCCCCUGCGUAAAAGGAAAAACAGUGUGAAAACUGGUGAACGAGUGGAUGUCAAGCUGUGAGAGGAGCAGAAUAGAAGGUCUGAUCCAGAAUCUUCAGCUGCUUUCAAAGCCGAGGCUCCUCAUUAAGUGUCCCUCCUGCUUUUCCACAGUAUUUUUUAUUUUUGACGUAGUGGGGAUCACGGUUUUUGACACUUUUUUGUUUUUAUUCCAAGCAAGACCAAAACCAGGUGCCAAACUGACUGUGUCAAGAGAAGAAGCAAAAAAUCUUACACAUCUCCAAUUCAUCGUAUAAAGAGUUUAACUUUUAAUACCCGAUUUAGUAACAAACACACAGCUUUAUUUUUCUCCCUCACAUUACAACACCUCACAUCGCAUUAAAAUCUCGUUUAAUAGUUUCUAUCCAUCGUCUCCAGUCAGUGUUUGCUGCUCUUAGUGCUAAAACUGCGUGAUUUUUUUCCUCCUGAGACGAUGAUCAGUGCAUUAUUGGUUCAAAGUGCUUUAUAUACGCGUCCUCCAGCCGAUGCUGUGCUUGUAGGAGGUGCGUGGUGAGCAGCGAUAACUUUCUGCUGCGCUCCGACGCCGUCUGAACACUUUAACGCUUCGGCAGGACGGCGUUUGACUGGCAGGCGACACGAGCCACGUCUACCCUGAUAAAUACGCCACCGCUGCUGCUGCUGCUGCUAUCUCUAAGGCUUCAGUCUGCGCUGUGAAACACUGUCGACACUUUGCCUAUCUCCUUCUUCCAGUCCCUUACACGAGAGACGCCUCUCGCUCUCCGUCGUCGUCUGUUUCUUCCACAUGUGGCUCUCGGUGACACCACGCCGAACCACCUGAAGGCCCCUUUAUCUACUCCCAGUGACCUCUUCGACCUUUUUGCAUUCUUCCUUUUACUCUACGACAAACAUGCAAUUUAAAACCUUUCACUGUACUUGCAUUUUUUGUGGCAGGAGAUCAGUUUUGUAAAAAAUAAAAAAGGAUAAAAGAACAUAACCUAAAGCCAUACUAAACACCAGCCAUACGGAUAUCUUUUACAUCUACUGAACUCAUCACAGCGUUUUCCUCAACAAACGUUGGUGCACGCACACAUUCAGGGAGUCGACGGAGAAACUUCUAGCGUGAAAACGACCCUAAGUUUCCUACGUUUGGAUGAAAAAACGGCUUUGUAAGUUCUGACUUUUUCUACCCGCGUUUUUCUGGAUCGUGCUCCGUCCUGAAUCGAGUUCCCGUCGUCGCCCUGCGUUCCUCUGCGUUGACGGAUGAAUCCGGACAGUUUCAUGUCUGUUCUGUGGGCAGAACCUCGCUGCCCUGCUAGAACCGGGCCCAAGCCCUCCUUCGUCCUCUUCUGCUGGGCCAAGCUAAAUUCAGAGCAGAGACACUCGCAUAAGGGAAUCGAUCGUACAUAGAUCCUCACUUUUCUAAUCCUUCCUCGCUAUCGAUCGCUCUUUAAUGAAUGCCUUGACGUCUGCUCUGCCGUCCUCUGGUAGCAGCUGGAAGGACUUUUUCCUACAGAUUUGAUGCUGCUUCAUGCCAGCACUCGUCACACUUUUAAAUCCAAACCAAAAGCUCCAGCAUAUUGACCUUUACCGAUUCGCUAAAUUUUUCGAAGGGGAGAGUUUGUUUAUCGAUGUGAAAGAAAUUAAAGUCACAGCUUGUGCCAAAUUCACACAGACUUCCUCUUAGCUUGUUCACCAAGCACAGCUGAGAUCUGUGAAGCUGCCAGCGCCGCUCGUUGUUUACAAGGCUCAACACACACGGAGCGUGAUAUUUAAUUUGAUUACUAAAGAAGACGUUUUGUUUGUUUCCAUGUAAGAUUUUAACACGUUUGGUUAUCCAACAGAAGUGCCAAACUCCAGGAAGAUUACAUCCAGCAUCCGUCAACGCUCAUCAGAUCUACAAAGUUUACAUACAGCGCUAAAUGUUUACAGACCGCAGUUCCAUUUCCGUUGAUGUGAAUCGUAACUUUCGUGCCAUAAACAGCAGAACUCUCUUCAGUAGGAAGAGGCUCUUUAUAUUAAGAGUUUACACUUUUCUCGCUCUCAUUUUGUUUACAGAAAACCUGAAAAUACUGCCUGUUUGGAAGAUUUAGAGUUCUGGCCAGUGGACUGUAAAAUGGCACUUUGUCAACAAACAGACCAAAAUUAAACAUCCAACACACGCUGCCAUUAAAACGAACCCAACGAUUCAGUUUUUAUGAUUUCAGAUCCAUCGAACAGGCAGUUAGCAUCGCGCCUACAAACUCUGAAAGACCUCAAUGUUUACAAAAGCUGCUGACUGGAAGGAGAAAUGUUUACAUGCAGAUGGAGGAGUGAAACGCUGAACACGUUCAUGUAACAUCUGCUGAGAAGCCCUCUGAACGUUGUCUUCAUCAGACUGAAGGUUUUUAUAAGUCAAAGGAGGACCGCUCACACCAGACUGGAACUAUUUCUGAUCAGUUUUUUAACAGCAGAUCGAGAACUUUGAUACACAAUGAGACGUGCGACGACAAAGGGGAUGUUUUGCUUCUCCCUCGUUCUCCUGCUUUUCUGCUGCCUGGCUGUUUCCACGGUAACCAUCACCACGGAGCGACGCGCUGCCGACGGUGAUGUCAGGACUCUGACCGGCGGCUCCACAGCGGCUGGGAAAGCCAGCGCCACCUUGUUCCUGCUGACCGGCUACAAGCCUCCACUGCCACCGCCGCCCGUCGGACCCAAGGUGGCGCCGAAAGCAGCCGAGGUGGAGGACGGGGACGACCCGCCGGUGGUGGCCGAGCUGCCUCCAAAGCCCCUCCCUCAAACCAUGUUGCCAAGGAACGUGACGGCAGACGCCCUGAAGCCCCCGCUGGGAGCCGCCCAGGUGGCUCCGCCCCCCAGACAGCUGGUGGACGUGGACGUGUGCAGGGGGUACUUUGACGUGAUGGGGCACUUCGACAGCACCUUCAACUGCUCCCAGGGCAGCUACAUCUACUGCUGUGGAACGUGCCACUACCGGUUCUGCUGCGAGCACCAGAGGAACCGGCUGGACCAGGACUCCUGCAACAACUACAUCUCCCCGGUCUGGGCCGACCCCCAGGUCACGGUCACGGUGCCCACCGGAAACAAGCCCGACCCGGACUUUGAGACGCUGCAGCAGCAGAACAGCAGUACGGCCUACGUAAUUGGAGGGGUGAUCUCCUUCACUCUGGUGGUGGCCGUGGGCGUCAGGAUCGCCUUCAGCAAGGUGGCACGCCGGCCUCGCAACCGAGACAUCAACAUGCCCAGAUCUCUGGUGGACAUCUUACGUCACCAGUCCAGUCCUGUGCAGCAGGGAGAGAGGAACAACACCACGGUGUUGACCACCACCACCUCAGACGGACGCACGUCCAAAAACGUCUACACGCCCAUCCUGCAGAUCAAAGACAACCGCACUGGGAACUUGCUCCACCAUUUUAACCAGCAGGGGUCUGCUUCCAGCCCCAAACACUCUGCUACCAUCGAGCGUGGAUCUCGAAUGAACAACACCCCCCAGCUCUCCUCCGGGCCCACCCUGAUUUCCAGCAGCAGCAAAGGUCCCGGAGGCGGCGGCAGCAUCAUGGGAGGGGGCAUGAGGCACAACAGCAGCCACCCGUCCUUCUCCCACUCCUUCCACAACCUGGCACAGCUGCCGCCGUCCUACGAGGCGGCCAUGAAGCCGGAGAUCAGCCGCUACAGCUCCCUGAAGAGGCUAGAGAAAGAACUGGAUGAGUAUUCGGGCUACUACUCCUCCAAACGUCGCUCCAACAACGCCCCGCCCUCCUUCCACUCCUCCCAGCACCACCUGCCCUACGGAGGCGACUACACGCUGGGCUCCAGAGGGACGCUGCCCCUCCACGGCUCCCGGCCUCACCUCCACAUCCCGGCCUCCACCCCCAACCCCUACCCGCUGCCGGCCCAGUCCCAUUACACCAGCUCCUCCUUCGACAGGCCGCCGCGACGCGUCCGGUCCCAGGACCAGCUGCUGGCCUUCGGGGAGGGAAACACGCUGUCCCGCCUGUCCAAGAACCAGCAGCACCAGUACUACAAAGCCUUGAUGAGCAACAGCAGGAGCUCCACGUCACAGACGCUCCGCAGGUCCCAUGAGAGGCUGCUGGUCUCCCCGGACCGCCUGGAGGACCGUCUGCUGGCCAUGGGGCUGCUGCUGGGUGGAGGUGAGCGGGGCGGAGGCAGCGGCAUGGUUCCCACCAUGGGCCGGCUCAGCCACCACCAGAAGGCCCAGUCCCAGCAGAACAUCUGCGUCACGCCGUCCAUGGACCGCCACCACAUGAUCAAGAUGAACUCCCACCCGACGCCGGGCCACGACCACGACCGCGGCUCGGCCAUGUCGGGGAUGGGCGUGCACGGCUGGGACUCCCACGGCGGCUCGUCCGGAGGUCACCCCAACGCCCGGCGGAUGGCCUUCGCCAGCAAGAGGCAGAACACCAUCGAACAGCUGCACUUCAUCCCCGGAGGAGGAGGACAGGGACUGCGGACUGGGAGUAAGAACGAAGUGACAGUGUGACGGGAAGACGCAGAGAAGCCGAAGACGGGAUGCAGCGAAGAGAAGAGGUUUGAUCUGAGCCUCACAGGGCGGCACUCAUCCCCUCCACCAAACAUUCACCUCAUCGUGAGUUCAGCCGAUCGAUUCCCUCAUCGUCACUCUGUGGAUUGAAAAAAGAGAAAUUCCAGCCAUUCUUUGUAAAGGGAAGACGCAUCGCCACAUGAAAAGCGCAAAAAAAGAAGCGGCUUACAGGCUGCUGGGUAUUCGCUGUGACUUUUAUUGAAGGAUAUCCGCUGAGUCAGAUCUGCUGAGUCGUCCUUGAGUUUUAUUGCUCCGUCCUCGGAGUCCUCGAGUGCUCUGGAUUCAUCUGGAUGACGGAGGCAGACGGUUUGCUUGUCUUUGUAUUUAUAAAAGUAUUUAAAACCAAACGAGUUGCUUUUGUAUGAAAUUAACCUGAUAAUAAUAAUGAUAAUAAUAAUAAUAACAUUACUGAGCCCUGUAGGAGUUUUGUGUAUACUUAGCUGACAACAUAUUUAUCCUUUAGCCGGCCAGUUUGUAACCUAAAGGUUGGACAUGUGAUUGGACUUUCAAAGUAAAACUGUUAGCCGUCGUCUGAUCGCUUUAAGGCUUUAAUCACGGUAGAUAAACAGAAAAAAGAAGCCAUUUUUGAGAGAAAACAGAACUCACAGCUUCCCAAACUGCUGCCAUAAAGGCCCAGUCACACCAGCAUUUCACAAUAAAAUCACGUAAAUGCACGUUUUUGUGUUGCCAACGUGGAGGAAGCUGUCGGAGCUGAUGGGCUGUGUCGCUCCUUUGAAUGACUUUGGUGAAGCUAUUGCCCCGUUAGCGACUUAGCUUCUUCUCCACUCUCCACAGUAACUGUAAAUUGGAUGAAAUGAUGUAAAGUCCCAAGAAGAACAUGUGAACAAGCAGAGAAAGAGAAACUAGAAUCUUGUGGAGCUGCUCUGAUGGACACAGUGAGCCUAACUCACCCUGCCUUCUUUCUAAAUCCAAAUGUUCCACUAAAGGUGUUUUUCCACUAGCACCUUCUCGACUCGACUCGGUUUAGGUCGUCUUCCAUUAGUCGAGUACCACCUCAUCAUUGGUGGAGUCGUCGUAGCACGGCGGGUCCCUUAACGUCUUUGCGACACAAACACAACCCAACAGUGGAGGACAUGGAGGUGAUGGUACACUGCUGCUCGUUUACGGCUUUUUGUCACAUUCAGUCAGUCCAAUCAGAGGCCUGCGCUCUGUAGACGUCACAUCAUCGGCUCCACUCAGCUCACUUAGAACCUUGACCAGCAGGAACUAAACUAGUAGCUGGUACCAGGAACUCGGUCCUGAUGGAAAACCUCACAAACUGAGUAGAGUAGGUGCUGGUGGAAAAGCUCCAUAAGACGUGUGGAUGCUGUGUUUCUGGUGUGAUCGGGCCUUAGGAGUAAAAAUUCACGUCUUAUCUUAGCUGAAGCCUUUUGUACAGUGAACUUAGUGGGUGUUUAUCAUCUAUGGAACAUUGUGCUGUGACCCUUUUUGCGUAAUAAUUAGUUAGAAGGUUUGGAGUUUGACCCCCCCAUGAAGAAGAUGCAAAUACAAACCAGAUCCCUCGACGAGUUCGUAUAGAGUCAACGGUCUUUCUCGACAUUAAAAGUUUCUCGUUGCUCAGUUCAGCUGCUCACCUCGUCUGAAGGAAGGCGUGGACGACGGACACUUCACACCAAGGGCUAAACCGAUCAUCUUUGUGUGUCUGUGCUCUGUACAGCGUCUGCUUCUCAUUUCCUGUUGUGUCGGGAGGCAUGCUCGUGCAUAUUUUCACACAUUUUCUGUUUUUCUUCCCGUGUAGAGAGAAAAUAUGAACAUGAGAGGAAAAAUCUGGAGCUUUUUUUGUGUAAAAUCAGUUUGUUGGAUAAGAGGUGAACAUCACGAUGUCAUUUCUUUGUAAGCUUUCCUUUCGUUUCCUGGCUGUGAGAUGGACCUUAGAUUUACCCUUUACUGGGUGUAAACCAGAGGUGUCCAACAUGAGGCCCGUGGUCCAAAAGUGGUCCUCCAGAGGGUCCAAUCCGGUCCUCAAAGUGUAAAAAUUACAGAGAAGACAUUAACUGCAGAUUGUAUAUUAAUAAAACUAUAAAUUUAAAAUCAUUUCUAGACCAUGACAAGUAAAAUACGAGAUUGUCCAUUGUUCUUUUGUCAUUUUGUGUCUCAUUUAUGUGAUAUUUUGUCUUGUUUUUGUCGUUUUUUUGCCUUUUUUGUCUGACUUUUGUCAUUUGUCUCAUGUUUUUGUCGUUUUGUUUCCUUCAUGUCUCACUUGUGUUUAUGUCCAUUUUUUUGUCGCUUUGCAACUUUUUCGUCUUUUUUGGUCACUUUUUGUUUUGUUUUGUGUUCGUUUCAUUUUGUCUCAUUUUUAAAAUAUUUUGUCUUAUUUUUGUUGUUUUUGUCAAUUUUUUCUCUUUUUUUUGUUUUGUUUCGAGUCGUUUGUCUCAUAUUUGGUCAUAUUUUUUUCUUGUUUUCAAUGUUUUGUGUCUUGUUUUUGUAAUACUUUGUCCUUUUUUGUCUUUUUUUGUCUCUUUUUGUCAUUUUGAUCACAAAGUGAAAUACUAUAUUGUUCAGUUCCAGAUACCUGUGAUUAAAAUUAGGAGUUGUGGUUAAUUCUAGGUUAUAAUGCGGUGAUUUUACUGGUCAGUGGAGGUCAGAUUGGACCGAAUAUGGAACCUGGACUGAGAUGAGUUGACACCCCUGGUUUCUGGGUUCCUGAGGCCUUUUUUAAGGUCUUGAGAUUCCCCUCUGAGUUGUAUUUAAAGACAGACAUGAUUGAUGACUGAAGCCACCUGCUAGCUGAUUUUAGUGUUUUAUUCCAUGUGCUCACGUGUUAAUGGUUUAUGUAAAAAGAAAAAAACUAUUCCCCCUCAAUGAGACUAUAAACGCUGUUACCAUGACCUUUUCUUUCCGUCUUUUACUUAAACACGUAUUUAUUUUUUUAAAUCUCUGUGAAUUUUAACGUAUAAUCCUGGAUUUUCAAUAUUAAAACUUUCUAGUGGAACUUAAAAAAAUUAAAAAGACACAGAAAAACAUUUGUAUUCACCAACAGAACAAAAAAAACAACAAAAAAGAGCCGAUGCAAUCAGAGAAAAGACGGAAGUGCAUGAUGAUGUCAGAAGCCGGUGUUGGUGAUGUCAUAGUGCUGACUCAUGAUGUCACGGCGUGCGUGUGUAAACGUACAUGUUUUAAUUUGUGUGUGUAACUUUGUGUCUUCUCGUUGGGAAUGCCGAACCUCGUCUUGUCUUCGGAGACGGUUUUAGACUCGAGAUGCGACCGUCUCGUCUUCAUAUCAAGCUGUAAUGAAACUUUAAAGGCCUGUCGUAGUCGCAUUUUCAAUUGUUUUUAUUUUUCAAAAGGAAUAAAAGGGACAUCGAUCAAUCACAGCUUUUUCUCGUCGAGCUACGUUCACCAAAGCGAGGACUUUUCAGACGUUUGUAAAUUACCGAAGGCUUUUAUUGUGAAACGGCGGAUAUUUUAUCACACGGUUGGUGUCGCUACCGUUUAAUAUGCAUCUGCUUUUCCUCAUUUGUGCUCAUUUUAACAGGAUUAUAAGGGCACAGAAUUUACAAAAGCAGCUUUUUUAAAGUUGCGAUACAAGGGAAUGGAGCGUUUUUCUUGCUAAAGUGAAGGAGAAUGUGCGGAGAAUUUGGGAUGGGAAGGCUGUUUGGUUUUUGUUAUCUCACUAACUUUUAAAGAGGCAAAAAGAAAGAGGAGGGAGGAGACGUAAACGACGUGUGAAAUUCAGCUGUACUUUUAAUGUCUCGCUCAUUUCUCCUCGUAACUUCGAAGGUCUGAUACAGAUGUUGUAAUCCGUGUUCCCUGAUUAAACUGUGUGUGUGCGCGGGUGUGUGUGUGUGAGUGUGUGUUAACCACUGGGAGUGAGGCAUGGACAUAUUUGUAUUCUCAAAGCUACUCUGCAUACCUCAAAUUGUACGAUACAUUUAUUUAUAACAUCCCCUUCUAUGUCUAUUUCCAAGAAUAUCCAAACAAAGGUCUCACAGAUGUGCAACCCUUUUGUUAUUGGUGAUCAAUUCUUGCGUUUGUAGAAAUCAUACUGUUUAAUUGCUAAUAACAAUAAAAAAAUCCCACUAAACCUCG